UAAGUGCCAGUGGCGGAAGUCACACUCUGAAGGUCCUCCUGUUGAGCCCCUGGAGCCAACCAGGCCUUUACCAACUCUUCCUGUUCGCAGAAUUCACUCCACUUCAGAAAGAAAACAUGAGAGACAGCCAAGACCUCCCAGUCCUCCUCUGGGUGAUAGGCCAUCUCCUCCCGGCACGAAACCGAACAUCUGUGAUGGCAACUUCAACACCGUUGCUCUCUUUAGAGGAGAAAUGUUUGUUUUCAAGGAUCGCUGGUUCUGGCGUCUGCGUAACAACCGGGUGCAGGAGGGAUACCCCAUGCAAAUCGAGCAGUUCUGGAAAGGUCUCCCCGCAAAGAUUGAUGCAGCCUAUGAGCGGUCUGAUGGAAAAUUCGUUUUCUUCAAAGGAGACAAAUACUGGGUUUUUAAAGAGGUGACAGCGGAGCCAGGCUACCCACACAGUCUGGUGGAGCUGGGGAGCUGUCUGCCCCGGGAAGGCAUUGACACGGCUCUGCGUUGGGAGCCAGUGGGCAAAACCUACUUCUUCAAAGGUGACAGGUACUGGAGGUACAACGAGGACAAGAGAGCAACAGACCCUGGAUACCCAAAGCCCAUCACCGUGUGGAGAGGAAUCCCUCAAGCUCCACAGGGAGCUUUUAUCAGCAAAGAAGGCUUUUACACCUACUUUUACAAAGGGAAGGAGUAUUGGAAGUUCGAUAACCAGCGGCUGAGCGUGGAGCCAGGCUACCCCAGGUCAAUCCUUAAAGACUGGAUGGGCUGUAACCAGAAGGAUGUUGAACGAAGCAAAGACAGACGCCUCCCCCACGACGACGUGGAUAUUAUGGUGACAAUAAACGAUGUGCCUAGCACCGUAAAUGCCAUCGCAGUUGUGAUCCCUUGCAUUUUGUCUCUGUGUAUCCUUGUCUUGGUAUACACGAUCUUCCAGUUUAAAAACAAAGAGGUGCACCAAAAUGUUGUCUAUUAUAAAAGACCUGUCCAGGAGUGGGUAUGACACAGCCCGCUGCACCUUUCAACUCAUUGAUCUGAUGAGGACUAUGGACAAAAAAAAAAGAAAAAAAAAGAAA